AUGACUACCCUUCUUCACUUGGCGACUCCUGCUUUCGCUUCCAGGUCCGAGUUGAAGCACGCAUCAGUGACUUUGGAAGCACCAACAAGGGACAGCGAGAUCCCAAAGGUCAAAGGAAUUCAAGAAUCGAAAAAUGCAGCCGAUGAUAUUCACGCAAACGCUGUUCACAUGAACGGUGUGUAUGAGAGUGAUGUAAUCAAAGGACGUCAGAAUGCCGACUCAGAUCCCUUCAAACUCGCCUCAGAAUAUGCAUACACACCACGAAAGCUAAAAGUCUUUACAAUUGGUGCAGGGUUUUCGGGACUCUUAAUGGCACACAAGUUCCAACACCGAUUCCUGGAAAUGCGAGAAUAUAUAGAUCACACAAUAUUCGAGGCACACCACGAAGUUGGGGGUACCUGGUAA